GGGCAGCUAUACACAUAAAAUUCGUUCAUCUUCCUUGGAGUUUGGGCCCUGCGUCUACCCUAGGUUCUGAAAGAGUCGAUCUUCAUCCUCUCAGAUCGCAAGUCUAUUCUUGUCGCCGGCCGCUCCUGUACGCCGACGUUUAAAUGUCUCACGGAGACACUAUUCCCCUCCACCCCUCCUCCCAGUCGGAUAUCGACGAGAUCGAGAACCUCAUAUACGAUAGCGUUCAAUCCGGCCCAGCUACUGUCCUUCCGGCACGGCCGCCAAGUCCUCCGCGCGCCUCAAUACCCGUUUCCUCCUCCCCUUUCAUCAAUUCGAAUAUUAACCCGCCGUCCUAUCAGAAGGCAACGGCCUCUGCGCCUUCAAAGCAGCCGGUUCCGGCAGUCCUUCCGGUCACAUCUGCCGACUUUUCGGUUCCCAGCGGAGGAGACUUGCGCCAGGGGAUCUCCUCUGAUGCCUUUGGGUCACCACCGAACACGCUUACUGAGCCUGUUUGGGACACUGUGAAGAGAGAUCUGUCUAGAAUUGUGAGCAAUCUGAAGCUGGUGGUGUUCCCUAACCCAUAUCGUGAGGAUCCUGGAAAAGCUUUAAGAGAUUGGGAUCUAUGGGGGCCGUUCUUCUUUAUCGUGUUUCUUGGACUCACGCUCUCCUGGUCUGCCUCCGUUAAGAAGUCUGAAGUAUUUGCGGUUGCAUUUGCCAUGCUCGCUGCUGGUGCAGUUAUACUCACAUUAAAUGUGUUGCUCCUGGGCGGCCACAUUAUCUUCUUUCAAAGUCUCAGCAUUCUCGGUUACUGCCUGUUUCCUUUGGACAUCGGCGCUCUAAUCUGCCUGCUAAAAGACAAUGUCAUCCUCAAAGUAAUAGUUGUUUCUGUAACGUUGGCAUGGAGCUCAUGGGCUGCAUAUCCUUUCAUGAGUGCUGCGGUUAAUCCCAGAAGAAAAGCCCUCGCCUUAUAUCCUGUAUUCCUGAUGUAUAUAUCUGUCGGUUUUCUGAUAAUUGCCAUCGAUUAAGCCUCUCAAGUCCCACACAUCAGUAUCUCACGUCAAUUACAGGUUAACCAGACUAUAUUUUGCUUUGGAGCUCCCCCCAUUAAGUCGGUUUGCUUGUUGUCUCAGAGGUAAUUCAAAUUUUAAAAUGUUAAAGCUUGCUGGCUUUUAUUUUUU